AUGCGCCUCUCCGCCACACUCUUCGCGGGAUCCCGGUCCCGGCCUGUGGCUGCGUUAAAACCUCUGGGAUCAACAUCAACAUCCACAAGCUCGGAGUUCAUGCCAUGGCUCUCAUCACUUAAAUCAACGCAAUUACAGCGUGUUGCACGCGCGACGGGAAUACAAUCCUCGGGGACGAAGGGCGUCUUAAUACAACGAAUCCGAGAUGAAUUACGAAAUAAUGUUCAAGUUGCUCAUGAGACUCAACCGCGUGAUAAAUCUUCGCGAGAAUGGCGGAUUCUGAGUAUUGAUAUGGGAAUUCGGAAUCUGGCUUUUGCUUUUAUGGUUGUUCCGUGCCCUCUUUCGAUCAGCUCUGGCUCUAGCGCCGGCACCAAUCCUGGAAAUGGACAAGAUCAAGGGCUUGAACGGAUAAACGAAUCAGAGCCAGGUUUACCGGAGUUACAAGCUUGGAGACGUCUAUCUGUUUUAGAUGGGUUAUCAGACCUCUCAACUACAUCCACAGCCCCAACGUCCGAUUCUGAAUUAACGGAUUCUAUCACUGCCACAAAAGAUUCAUACUCCCCCGCUAUCUACGCCUCAACUGCCUAUAAACUUCUAACAACCCUUUUAUCAACCCACAACCCAACUCACAUUCUCAUCGAACGUCAACGCUUCCGCUCAGCCGGAAGCAGCGCCGUUCAAGAAUGGACUUUGCGCGUUGGUGUUUUUGAGGGUAUGCUCUAUGCUAUAUUACACACGUUGCGUCAAGAACGGGGCUUAGAUGGGAUUUUCGUUGAGGGUGUUGAGCCAAAGCGGGUUGUGGGCUUUUGGGAUGAGAUUGGGAGAAAUAACACUGGCACUGCCAUUGGCAUUGAAACAGUAGACGGGAUGAAGAGCUUUGAUGGGAAAAGGCUUACGGCGAGGGAAGUUAAAAAAGCCAAAGUUGGGAUUGUGGGGGGUUGGGUUGAGGGUUCGCUGGAUGGGAGUUCCGAUGGGAAGAUUGUCGUUGGGGAGGAUAGUGGUGGGAGAGAGGGGGGGAGGAAGAAUGGAGAUGUUGGGAAGUUGGAUGAUUUGGCGGAUUGUUUGCUACAGGGUGUUACUUGGUUGGAGUGGCAGGUCAUGAGGGAACGGAUUGUUAGGGAGGGAAUGAAGGCUUUGGAGUAG